AUGUCGAAUGUCCUUCAAGCCCUGGACCGGAACGGCGAACGUUGGCUGUUGCUGGUUUUCUACGUGAUGCUUGUCCUGACCAUGUUUAUUGAGGUGGUCCGGCGCGAGGUGUUUGCAUACUCGUCCAUCUGGGGUGAGGAAAUCGUCCGCUAUUCCUUUAUCUACCUGGCCUGGAUUGGGGCUGCGGCAGCGGUCAAGGAACGCGGGCAUAUCCGUAUCGAUGUCCUGAUGCAGUAUGUCGGGCCGCGCGUGAAGGCACUGCUUGCCAUCUUCGGCGAGACUCCGGCUGCGGCUUUCAUUGCGAUCGUUGCUUCUACUGGUCUUUGGAAACCGUCCUCGUGUCGGCGAAAUUCGGCUCCGUAA